GGGCGAACUUUGGUUACUCGGCCGCUGUGUUUAGGUCUACGUACCAAGCAGUAGCGGAGUCUAGGAUGAGAUAUGCGUUAUGCACUCGAGUUGCUGCUAGCGUGAGAGUGCUAGCUAAAUUGCAGAUUACACAGAAUGCUGGUGCGAGACUCAUUAUUGGGUUGCCGAAACAAACUUCUGCUGACUUGGUUCUGCGCGAGUCUGGACUGGAGCCAAUCAACUAUCUCCUGGAUCUGGCCAUUAUAGGGUGGACUCUCCGGGCUCAGUCCUUGUUUUACACUCAUGUAGCACAGUUGACCUUGGAUGAUUGGACGGGUUUGCGAAAAUUGAAGGGAAGAGCCCCACUGCACAGAUUCGAUGAUGUGAUGGACGAACUAUCAG